AUGAGGACUCUUCUAUUGCUUGGAGGCAUGACACCAGACGUCACAGCACUCUACUACAGCAUUAUCAACAAAGUUGCCAGAUUGAAACUCGGUGAUCGAGCAUCAGCCCCCUUAUAUCUGUACAGCGCCAACCUCGAAGAAAUGAUCCAGCAUGCCAUGAAAGGGGACUGGGACGAGUUCGCAAAAGUCUACAAGAAACCAAUCAGAUCCUUGAGCGAUAGAGUUGAAGGCAUUGCGAUCUGUGCCAUUCUCGCUCACAAGGUUGCCCAAAAGCUAUUUGAUGACUCCUCAGCGGCUCGUGUCCCGCUGUUUCACAUCGCGGACUGUCUCGCGCUGCACAUUACCAACAAUCAUCCAUCGGCGAAGAAGCUUGGCCUGCUCGGUCCCAAAAUUUCGAUGCUCGAUUCUGAUGAUCCUGAUUUCUUUGUAGCCAUGUUACAAAAGGCUGGCUUCGAGAUCCUGAUCCCGGAAACACCUGAGGACAUUGAGGAGGUUAACAGAGGCAUGCUUCAAGAAGUGGCGAGGGGUGUUGCGUCUGUGACAGACUCAACAAAAAAUAUGUUCGUUCAACAAGCCAAGAAGCUCAUUGACAGAGGAGCCCAAGGCAUUAUACUGGGUAGUACAGAUUUGGGUUUUGUGCUGAGGCAAGAAGAUGUUGGGGAUAUUCCACUGUUUGAACCGGCUGCUAUUCAUGCGCAGGAGCUAGGAAUAUGGAUUUGUGAAGGAGAUGAAGAUCAAUCAUCCUAG